UCGUAUAUAUAUAUAUUGGAAGAUUAUAAGCAAGUUAUUCAGACAAUUCUCACCGGAAAGAAGCUUGGGUUAAUUAGUAUUGAAGACCAAUUAUUAAGCAGUUUGAUCAUCAUGAAGAUCUCAGUUGCACUCUUCGUUGCCAUCUUCGUCUUGUUUGUAUCUCUUCAAGCCAAAGCCAAAAGUGAUUUAACAACCACAAAGCCUGAUCAAGCUGUUGAUCAACUCCGAAGCGAUCCGAAUAAUAAUCAUGGCCAAAAGCUUUUUAUUGUUGCAUCUCGUGAAGCCAAAGCCAAAAGACUAGCCACCACCAAGCCUGAUCAAGUGCUUGAUCAACUUCGAUAUGAUCAUGAUCCGAAUAAUGUUGGAGCUAUCACUGAAAUUGGCAAAAAUGGCAUUCAUGCAAACGAAGCGAAUUAUGGUAAGAUCCGAGACGACGGAACUGUACUGCUCAAGUCGGGCCACCGGAAACCUGAAAAUUAUUUGUCCCCCCCGGAGAGAGCUCAAAGGAUGGGAAACCCAUAAGACAAGUGACAUUAUUCCCGGAGAUAUAGAUAUAGAUAUAUAUAUAUAUAUAUAUGUGAUGAAAAUUUAUAUGGUCGAUACAUAAAAGUGCAUAUGCAAUAAUGUAUGGUACUAGUGUGUGUUUUCUAAUAAAGUGGGGCUCAACAGUAGGUUUUGAACCAAGAAAAAAAAAAAGAAACCUCUCUCUAUUCUGCCAAGAUUACAUCGA